GUGGGUACGAGGCUCCCAGGCUGGAAAGCAAAACCAAAGCAAGAAGUUCUUCUGACAGACUUCAUCCGGCACAUUACCCCGAGGCUGUCACAUGGCGACGUUCAACCAAUCCCUGGAGCUGUAUAGCGCCAACAUUUAAUGGAGAUACUGGGAUCAGAAGGCAGGAGCCACAUUAAUGCCACAAAAUCCAGUGACCUCUGGAAGCACAAACUCCCUGUAACUACAAGUCUCUCAUUCAACCCGCUGCCCAUACAAGCAGACUCUGUGGAGCCUCGGCUGGAUGAAGAGCUACAUUGGUUCCAGAGUCAGGCAAGAGCAGUGCAAAGAAUACAAAGGGACAGAUGCGUCAAUUACACCUACAAAUGACAGGGACAUCUCUAUUGAAUGUAUAAGCCUCGCUUUAUGGAGACCUUGGCUGCUCAGAGCUGAAGACAGGGAGCUGGAUGUGCAGCAGAGGAGGUCGGGGGAAGACAAUGGGGAUCCCAGAAACACUGGUCCCAAGGGAGCGCUGGGAUUUCAGCACCCCGUACGGUUGUACAUGCCCAAGUCUAAAACCAGCGAAUAUCUACAACACAUGGGCAGGAAAGUCUUAGCCAGUUUCCCAGUCCAAGCCACCAUUCAUUUCUACAACGAUGACUCGGACUCUGAAGAGGAAGACGAGGAGAUGGAAUUCUAUAACUACUACCAGAACUGUGCGGCCAAUGGUGUGAAUAGUUCAAGGGGAAGUAACGACGAUUAUUCCAUUCAAGGUGGUCCCAAGAGGAAUAUCAGCAGCCACACGGGAAGCGCUUAGCAUGACUUUCCAUUGACUUUGACUUUCCAUUUCCAGACAGUUUUGCCUUUGUCUAUGGCCCUUUGGCUGAAAACAGCAGAUAACACACUGUAGAUAAAAACUGUUUUGUUGUUACUUGCCCUUUAAGUUAAAGGGACAAUAAUGCAAGGGUGUGUGUUAAUAUCCAUCUAUCAUAGACUGUUGUAUAUACAGAACGGCUUCACCCAAUUUCUUUGCCCCAAACAAUCACGCCCCCCCCUCGGAACUCCAGCAUUGGCCUUGGGCUGAACCCCAUCAAAGCUACUCAUUCAUAUGGAAUACGUACAUUUAGGAUCUUAUCAAAAUCCGACUUUUUCUGAUAAUUUUAUUUAAAAAAGUCUGAGCAAACGAAUUGACCUUAUGUAUUACAAAAGCACGAUUUAAUCGGAUCGUGGGAAAACAAUGAAAUCGAGUGAAAAUACGAAUCGUACGUUUUUUUCAGAUUUUUCCCCAAAAGUCUGAAUUUUUCGGAUUUUUGCCCAAAAAGUCAGAAAUAGUUGGAUUUUUGGAAUAAUUCCAGCUCAGACCACAGAAACCUCCAAAUAGAAUAGGGAGCUCUCCCAUUGACUUAUAUACGACCUCGGCAGGUCUGAGAUGCUGGAUUUUCGGAUUCAGACUUUUUCCAUACUCGGGGUACAAUAAAUCUCGAAAAAAUUAGAGUUUUUGACAUUCAGACUUUAAUAAAUAAUCUCCUUAAACUUGCACAUCUGUAAUAUGUUGUAAAUAUAUUGUAAAUAUGUUUUGUAUAAUAUCUCUGAAUGUAAAUGAUUUAUACUGUCAGGCAAUAAAAUUAUUGCACAAGAUCAA